AUGUCCCGUCCGGAAGAUUUGGCUCCUCCAGAAGUCUUUUAUAAUGAUACAGAAUCUAUCAAAUAUACUUCAUCCACUAGAGUUCAGCAUAUCCAAGCGAAAAUGACAUUACGUUCAUUAGAGUUACUGAAUUUACCACCAAAUUCAUUUGUGUUAGAUAUUGGUUGUGGUUCUGGUCUUUCAGGAGAAAUUCUAACAGAAGAAGGUCAUAUGUGGUGUGGGAUGGAUAUAUCGCCUAGUAUGUUGGCUACAGGUCUAACAAGAGAGGUAGAAGGGGAUUUGAUGUUACAAGAUAUGGGUGUAGGUAUACCAUUCCGUGCAGGUACAUUUGAUGCAGCCAUCAGUAUAUCGGCCAUUCAAUGGUUAUGUAAUGCUGAUACAUCCUAUAAUGAUCCAAAGAGAAGACUGAUGAGAUUUUUCAAUUCCUUGUUUGCUUGCUUAAAAAAAGGUGGGAAAUUUGUAGCACAAUUUUAUCCAAAAAAUGAUGAUCAAAUUGAUCAAAUUUUACAAUCCGCAAAAGUUUCAGGGUUUUCUGGUGGGCUGGUCAUUGAUAAUCCAGAAUCAAGCAAAAAUAAAAAAUAUUAUUUGGUGUUAACAUCAGGUUCUGCAAGGGCGGAUGAAAAUAGUAUUAAUUUGGCAGGUGCCACCAUGGAUGCUGAUGAGGUAAGCGUUCCAAAGGCCAAUAGACAUACCAAGAAAAGAUUGACAGAAUCCAAUAAAUCUUAUAUCACUAGAAAGAAAGAUUUGAUGAAGAGACGUGGGAGAAAAGUGGCCAAUGAUUCUAAAUUCACAGGUAGAAAAAGAAGACCAAGAUUUUAA